AUGUCGCUGACGGAGCAUCCCUCCGGCGGCCUGGGCAAGGACGGUACUGGCAGUCGCCGCGAGAAACCAUGGCUAUUGCCUUCGAACCGCCGCCUUCGACAUCUCCAUGGCAUCUCGGUUCGCAAUCUCGUCGUCACGCCCCCCUCCAGCUCCAGCAGGGGGAAGGGAAAGACGAUUGACGACGAAGACAUCCCCAACGCGCUGCAGUCGCCAUCGAAGCAAAUCCUAGCCCAUGAUGCGAAUCGGUCGCUGCAUCAGUCGAGGUCAUUUACUGAUCUCAAGUCCCAGGAAACUGGGGAGAACCGUGGCAGUACUAGUCAUAGCGAGCGACCACCACGCCGGAGGGACACAUUGCCCUGGGACGACCCUAAUCCGCACACGCGCCAGGUUAAUUUGGAAGAUAUCACAAAGAGUCGGAUGGCUGAUUCAUGGUUCUCGGUGCAUUGCGAGGGCGUCGAAGAGCCCGUUUAUGUCAGCGAGGUGAUUGAGAAUGCAACGAAUCCGAGCUUUCGAUCGUUUGAUUUGAACAUGUGCGGGCCGUUGGUCUCGCGACUGGAUCAAUUAACUCUGAAGUUGUGGGCGAAACCGACUACGGUAGCGGAGUAUGUGCUGUUGGUUGAGUUGCAGCUGCAUCUGCAGUCCUUACAGUUCCUGGGCAAGUCGUUGGAUAGCUUUCACCAGCCGCUGCCGUCGAAUUCGGUUCUUUUUCACUUUUCGGAUGGAGUUUAUGCGAAUCUUACCGAUAUUCCGCCUGCUUUGAUGGCGUCGUCUGCUGAAUAUGCGUCUUCUGAUAGUGCUGCGCUACCUACGUCAUCAUACGAUGCGCUAAUGCGACUGGCGAAUCUGGACGAGUGCAUUCAAGAUGCACUGGCGAUCAGGGAGAAGUUGGAGUCGCAGAUCAACUCGAUUCUGCAGAAAAACCAGCAAGCUAUCGCUAUGACUAGUGAAGCAUCUCAGGCGCAGGAUAAGCUCGCCCUCACCAGGAAUGCAGUUGGCACGGAACGAAGGAACCUCCGCCUAGCAACGAAGCGCAAAGAGGGAUUAAUAGCCAGUAUCAAGGCCCGGAAGGACGCGAUGGAACGCGGUCGAUCUACGCAAGACAAAGCCCGGAGUCAUCUACCCGAUGCGCAGCUGAAGCUAGCCUCGAGCGCAAAACUACUGGACCAGAACACGGAGGACGCCAAGGGUCAGAUUCGGCGCAUUUCAGAAGAUCUUCUGUCCAUAUACCCCAUCGAGCCGAUUCCAGAUGAGCCUUUUACCUUUACUAUUGCUGGUCUUGCGCUCCCCAAUUCGAAUUUCGAGGAUAUUGACCGCGACGCUGUUGCGGCUGCCCUGGGAUUCACUGCGCAUCUCGUUCAGCUUUUGUCGUUCUAUCUCUCGGUCCCGGUGCCAUACCCCGUCAAGCCGUAUCUCUCCAGCUCGCUCAUCCACGACCCGGUGUCAGCUUCACUCCCUCAACGAACCUAUCCGCUCUAUCCGGUGAAUGUACAGUACCGAUUCGAGUACGGGGUAUUUCUACUUAACAAGAACAUCGAGAUCCUCCUCAACAAACAAGGUCUACGCGCCUUUGACAUCCGCCACACAUUACCUAACCUGAAAUACCUUUUAUACGUGCUUACGGCUGGAACCUCGGAAAUCCCCGCCAGAAAAGCAGGUGGCAUCCGGGGCCUGUACCCCGGACGUCUGAGCCCCAGUGUAUCCCGACGCGGAAGCAACAACAGCAGCGUUUACGGUGAACCCGUGCAUCCAUCCAAGGUUCUGGAUCCCGGUACCGGGAAAUUGAACGGCGACGUUAAGGGGAGGAAGAAGCCGUUAUCUCCCAUUGCUGGGUAUGUGAGGAUGUCGCAGGUGGCUUGA